AUGUGCUACUUUUUGAUAUAGGAAAGUGUCUUAAUCGAAAUUUGAAUAAAUCCAAACAAAUAAUACGUAAAAUGAGGCACAAGAUAUUUAUAUCUUCCUUAGAAGAGGUCGAAACUUGCAGCAUCUAAUUCGCUAAAUAUAAAUCGUAGAGAAUGAGAUGUUUUAACUCCUUGUUCUACUAACUACAAGUUACAUGAGUUUCCAAUACCAGUAUUUUCAGUGAAACCGUAGGAAUAUACUUAAUGUCUGUCGGGUUGAAUCAAUUAUUUGAGUGGUUUAGUUAAUUUGGUGUUGUGUUUACUUUAGUAUCCGACAAAUUCACUUGUUAAUGUAAUCGAAUCGAGUGAAUUUUGACAAAUACUGUUUAGUGAAGUGAAAAUAGAUCUUGAUUAUUGUGGUUUUGUUAGUUAUUUGUGGUGAGAGUGUUUACAUUUGUGAAUUCGCUCUACCGAGGGAUGGAAUUACUACUUUUGUGUACAUAUAUAUUCGAUAAUGGGAUUUAUAUCUUUAAAAAGUAUUUUAAGGAUACGUCGGUGGGAUAGAGUUCAGCUGCUUUUAUCGAAAUCAUCUAGAUCGAGAAUCCAACGAAAUAUUACCCCUGAGGUAACAACAGCUCUUCGAGGCUGCCGAUACCACCGACUCAGGAGACAACUUAACACUACCCCAAUAUGUCUUGGAUAUAUUUCACAUUAAUCUGGAUUUUAGCCUAUUAUCAGGCUGAAUCAUCAGGAGUUUUUGAAUUGAGACUAAUUUCUUUCGACAACGAAGCCGGCAAAAGCGAUUUAGGAACGUGCUGUACGGGAAAAUCACGACCGAAUUUAGAUUGUGAUGGAUUUUGUCGUCCUCGCUUUAGAGUUUGUCUGAAGGAAUACCAAGUUAAAAUCGACACAACUUCUAAAUGUACUUUCGGUGAUAAAAUUACUCCUGAAUUAGGACCUAAUCCAGUUACGGAUACUCCGCAAAACGGAUUUUCUAACCCCAUCGCCUUACCAUUCCCGUUUACAUGGCCGGGCACCUUCUCCUUGAUCGUGGAAGCAUGGCACGGUAAUGAAACAUCACAUUCUGCCGUGCUAGUCAGUAGACUAACAAGACAACGAUACUUAGACGUAAGCGACCAAUGGACGGAAGAUAUGCAUCAGUCAAAAUAUUCAACACUUAAAUUUGAGUAUAGGGUAACUUGCGAUUCCCACUACUACGGAAAAGGUUGUGAAAAUCUCUGCAGACCUAGAGACGAUAGUUUCGGUCACUACAGCUGUUCUCCUUCAGGAGAAAGAGUGUGUCUAGCUGGAUGGGCAGGAGAUUAUUGUACUAAACCGCAAUGUUUACCUGGAUGUGACGAACAACAUGGACACUGCAACCAACCUAACGAAUGCAAGUGCCAAUCGGGAUGGGAAGGCCCUCUAUGUAACCAGUGUCAACGAUAUCCCGGAUGUAUGCAUGGUACUUGCGUCAAACCUUGGGAUUGUCUUUGUGACGAGGGAUGGGGAGGACUAUUCUGCAAUCAAGAUUUAAAUUUUUGUACUAACCACAGACCGUGCCGUAAUGGCGGAACGUGUUUUAAUACAGGACAAGGUAGUUACACAUGUAGUUGUCCUGCUGGAUUCAACGGCACAGAUUGUGAAAUUCCAGCAGAUGAUUGCUUGAAAAGUCCUUGUAUUAAUGGAGGUACAUGUGUCCCUAAAGGUGGCUAUAAUAUUUGCUCCUGUUUACCCGGAUUCAGUGGCCUUCAAUGUGAAACAGUUAUAGACUAUUGCAACAAACAACCAUGUCAAAAUGGUGGGACAUGUACAAAUACUGAAAAUGGAUACCAAUGCUCCUGUGGUCAUGGAUUUAGCGGAUCUAAUUGUGAUUACCAAAUUAACAGAUGUUUACCAAAUCCUUGUAAAAAUGACGGUGCAUGCGUGGAAACUGAAAAUGGAUUCCAAUGUAUCUGCCCUUCUGGAUUUUCUGGGGAGCUAUGCAACAUAAAUAUUGACGACUGUAAAGGAAAUCCAUGCCAAAACGGUGGAACUUGUAUAGAUAAAGUAAAUGAGUUCCGCUGCCAUUGUGUGCCUGGUUACGUCGGACCUUUGUGCCAAAAUCGUGUAGACUAUUGUAUAACAAAACCUUGUGCCAACGGUGGAACGUGUUUACAACUAAUUAAUGACUAUAAAUGUAAAUGUGCACCGGGAUUUUCAGGAAAAGACUGUAGUGAUGAAAUCGACGAGUGUAUCAGCAACCCCUGCCUUAAUGGAGGCACAUGUGUGAAGCGCGUCCACGGUUACGAAUGUUCAUGUCCAGUCGGUUUUCUUGGUCGCGAAUGUGACGAAGUGUCCUCCAGCGCUGCUCCGAGUGCCAGAGUUUCUUCUGAAUCGAAUCUAACGACUGAACAUGUAGUGGUUAUUGCUACGAUUUCAACUUCUGUACCCUUAGUUGUUUUAAUAGCAGUUGGAGUUAUAAUUUGCUUGAAACAACGGAGAAAACGUGAAAAAGCUCGCGCUGACGAAGAAGCACGAUUACAAAAUGAACAGAACACUGCAAAUAGUAGUUUUGCUAAACGUGGCGCUGCUAUGUCCGCCGAUGCUCAUAUGAUAAAAAAUUCAUGGGGCAAGUGCACAAACAAUGUUAUUAGUUCGAACUUUUCUUCUCCGGAUGACUGUAGUGUUUCAAAUAUCAGCAUAAAUGACUGUGAUGGUUUCCCUAAGCCUCAACAUCAAGUCAUCGAUGGACGACCUGUGUAUACCUUGCAGAGGACGCGUUCGCAGAAACAGCUAAAUACUGAGACAAGUGCUCGUGCGUCUGCUUUAUUAGCUGCGAAGCUUCAUGAACCAGACUACGAGCAUAUUAAACGUUUGUCUGUGAUGUCAAACGCAUCGGCUGUGUGUGGCUCCAGUGAUCCCUCGAUGUUGAAGAGGCCGAUAGAGAAGGAGUCAAAUGGCGUUUAUGUGAUAGAAGAACACUUCCAUACACCAGAUGCGAUUUCAUCUGGACUUUUCGCAACGGAGGUGUAAAUAAAACUAAAUGAAUGACUGAGUGUGUAUGUGUUGUCCUUGCUUCCGCCAUUCUGGGACCGAUGUACAGUUAUUUAUUAUUCUCCCGAUUUCUGGCGGAGGCAUCGACAAUAUUAACUUAUGUUUGUAUGAGUAUUAAAUUCGAGCUAGUGCCUCGUGUCCAAGAAGUUUUGCUACUCUCACGACUCCUCUCUGGGGAACGCAAACUAUUGAUCAGGUCGGUGUCACCAGUGGUAAAAUAGCUUUGUUUAUAUUGUAUAUAUUUUGAGGAAUCUUUUGUUCUGUUUAUUUUCCGUAUUUAUAGAAUUUACCAAUGGUGAAUGUUCCUGAUAAGAAACCAAAGAUUUUGAUAUUGUUCAGAGACUGACUCUCGAGCAUAGCAAGACCAUUUUUUGUCAAGUAGUAUGUAACUAACUUAAUAUUUUUAAUUGUUAUAGUAUUUUGUGAUGAAUAUUAAGCAAACUAAGUCACCAUUGUACUUAAGUAGGCUUUUAUUGAUAUUUAUAAACCUUCUCAUUCUUGCUGUCGGUAUUAAUAAUUUAACUACAAUCAUUUAUGAUGGGCCAGUGAUAUAUUUCUUGUAAUUAAAACCGAUAGCAACUUUGAUCCAUAUUUUUUUGUUUCAUUAAUGUUCCUGUGUUUCAAAAGCUAAGUCAUUCAUUUUCAACGUUAUUGAUGGACAAAACUCGUGAUUUUCUUUCAAUAGCAUUGACUGAAAAUUGUUGUAGACUACUUAAACUCUUGGGCAAGUUAAAGACUUAAUAUUGAUAAAGACGUUUUGUAAUAUAUCAUUGUAUAUUUAUAGUUUGUACUAGGAAAAAAAUUGUUCAUGUUUCAUAAUAAAUACUUCUUUAGAGAA